GUAAUGGCAAGCGGAAAUGAUGUCAUUCAGUUUAUGUUGGGGCUACAGUGAAACAAUGUUGCUUGUGAUUUAUGCCUUUGUAUGUGGUCUGAUGAUCUCGGGAGAAUGUUCUGACACAAAUAUAGGCUCAAUGCAGUGGAGAGGACAAAGUAUUCAGUACUUCAACAGGGAAACUGCAUUAUUUGUUCAAUCAGAAGAAUGCCUACCAGGAUUCUUUAGGGGAUUUUGGCAAAAUGACAACUGCUACAUGUUUGUGACUUCACAAUUAACAAGAAGUGAAGCAAGUGCAUUUUGCACGGAAGCUGCACUUGGAAAUGGUCUGGUUGCUAUACCAACUGAGUUACAUCAUGCAUAUAUUGUUAGCCAAAUAGUUAUGCAACCAGAGCUCAGGACAGCAGACUACCAGAAAUUCUGGACCAGUGGAGAGAAUGUGAUUGAUGGAGUUUGGACUUGGUCAACCACAGUUCAACCCUUCAACUACACAAAUUUUGGGAAGGGACGGGACACAGUCAAACUGGUUAUGUAACAAUCCGUGACAAUCAUGCAUUGAGCCCCUCAAUAUACUAUGAUUGGUAUAGUACAGCUGAUCUACAGCGUGAACUAAGAUCAAUUUGCCAACAUUUUAUUCUGACUUCUUAAAGGGACUGUUAAAGGAAUAUAUACAAUACAUUCUUAAUAGAAUUGAAUUUGAAUAACUCAAUAUUCUUAAUGUUACACAUAUUUGGAAAAAUGUAUGUAACCUGCAUUGAAAAUUGUGACAUGACUGAUUAUAUUCAUCAAUAUUAUCAACAGAUCUCAAUACUAGUAUACAUAUCUACAGAAACCAAUCUCAUUCUUUUCAUAUAAAUAUUAUGCAAUUUUAUAAUAUGUAAAAUAAAGAGAUCACACAUUAUGAC